CCUAAAAUUACGCUAACCUAUAUUUCCAAUAGGGCUCCAUUACAGCUCGUUUGGAAGGUUGGGGGCUUCUUUAAUCUGUCCCUUUACCAGAGCUUGUAAGAGCGGAGGGGAGCGUAAAGAAAGGGGGAGAAAAUCUGUCCAGUCCAGAGGUAGCAUCGACGAUGGCCAACCAUAGGAAAGAAAGCAACGGUGCUCGAACACGAUCUGCUAGUCGAUUUUCAUCCAGGUCCCCAGUUUCUUCUGGGAGCACAGGGGCAAAAUGGAGUGAAGGAACUUCGCCCAAAUCAUUCCAUCCUGCCCAGGAUUCAAACCUUGGACCUCUUGCUUGUGAAGCGAAUGUGCUAGUCACUACACCAAAUAACAAUAAUAACAUGGACAUCCAAUACACACAAAUACGAGAGCUGAAGCCUGGAAUGAAGAACCUCAGGCUUGUGUUCAUAGUGUUGGAAAUUGGUAGACCAAAUAUGACUAAGGAAAACCACGAAGUGAGGUCGGUAAAAGUGGCAGACCGUAGUGGGUGUAUCAACAUAUCUCUGUGGGAUGAGCCAGGCCAGCUGUUGCAACCAGGUGAUAUUGUUAACCUGACGAAAGGCUAUGUGAGUGUAUUCAAGAAUUGCCUAACACUCUAUGUUGGCAAAGGUGGAGAUUUACAAAAAGUGAAUGAGUUUUGCAUGCAGUUUUCCGAGCAGCCAAAUAUGUCUGAACCCAACCCAGAGCUUGUAGCCCCUAAUAAAUCAUUAGGCAGUGGUGGUGGUGGUGGUGGUGGUGGAGACUCUGGGAGUGGUGGCACACGAGGCCCAGGGUCACAAGGAGGCCCUGGAAGCAACAGUGGAGUACCGCUGACAGAAUCAGUCCGAGAUCCUAGAUUGCAGAAGCCCAAUACAAAUGGAGGAAACCUGGAUCCUCGGGGAAUUAAAGGAGGAGGUGGCGGUGGCGGCAGCAGCAACAACAAUAACAGUGUAACAGCUUCCAACGGUCACCAAAGUACUGGAGGAAGACACGGAGGAGGCAACUCAAAUAGCUCCACAAAUUCAAGUAAAAACCGUAACCAUGCGCCAACAAAUAGACAAAGUACCAAAAGGUAAUACUGUACUGUAUAUCCAUUUGUGAUAUGGGAGUGUUAGUAUUGUUAGUAUGGAAGGAGAUGAAAGCCCUUUUGUAAGUUAUCAUGAACGUAUCUUACAUUUUUUGUAUCUGUUAAAAGCUUUUGGUUAUGAAAAUAUAAAAUUUAUAGGUGGGUAUUCUUUUUAUAAAAGGAAUCAACUUUCCAAUUUAAUUAUAGCAAUUCAUUUGUCAUAAGAAGGUACUGUAUAUGAAACUUUUUGUUAUACUAAUUUAUAGAAUAUGAAUUGAAAAAAUGUUCCAUCAAAGUUUACCAUUGUCACUUCAUAUAUAAUAUUACUUUAAAUUACUAACUGCAAUAAAGCAGAAUGUAUGAUCGUCACAGAGUUGGAAAUUUUAAAUCUAUGCAAAUGUAAUUUGUUAGCUCAGCAUUUCCAUCAAAUCUUGUUGAAAAUACAGUACAGUAAUAGAAAUUUCUUGACGGAGCUUUCGUUAUACAUAUACAGUAUAUGUUAUGUUACAAAAUAUUUGUCAUUUAUAUUACUGGAAGACUUGGAGAGCCAUAAAUUAUAAACUUUAUGCAUUUAAUAAAUCAUAUGUUAAAAUCCUACUAUAUUUGCACAAGUAUAAGUAAUUAUCAAAAGAAAGCGCUGAACUAUUUGCACAAAUAUAAACUGUGCAUUUUUGAGCCCCCUCCUUCCCUCUCCCCAAAAGGAAAAAUUGGGGAUGUGGCUUACAAUAGACAACAAAGCUCAAAAAGUGAUUUAAAUGGAAAUACAGAUUUCACUGUCGAUUUUUGAGUCUCUGUGAAAUCUCCAAAUAUUGCCCUUGCCUCUGUGUGAAGGCCAUUAAUAAAAGGUACAUUGCUGUU